AUACACAAAUAACAAUUUUCAUUCACCUAUUCAUAAAUUUUUGUUUACUGUCAUCUUGACAUGUUUAGUAAAUAUAUAAUUAAUUUUUCAUCGUAAUGGGUAGUAAUCCUAGAAAGUCGCCCCUAAAAGCGCCUUUAAAAUGGUCGCCUGCACUUCCCAUAAGAAGAGCAGAUAACAUUAUCUCGUCAAAAGCUAGAGAAAAAGGUCUACUUGGUUUCAAACCAUCGUAUGAAGUGAAAGGGGAACCAGUAUGUAUGGGAUUUUUAAUGAGUAACGAGUACAUGAGGAUGUGGUUCAAACAGAGAGCUGAGUUCGAGAAAGAUACAUACACAAGAGAAGAAAUCAUUAAGUCUGAAAGCAAAAUACAUAGGAGGUUUGUGCAGCGAAUGAUGACAUAUAGAAAUCCAGGCAAGAACGAAAUUAUUGAACAAAGAAUUCGUAAGUGUUCAUGUCCAGUAGAAAGGAAGGAGUUCCAGUAUCAGAGAAUGAAAUAUAAACCAGAAUGUACAGUAAUGUUAACACACAAAGGCCUUAAGACAUAACUUCUAUAUGUUAAUUUGAUAUAAACAAAAAUAUAGGUCAUUAUACUUACAUAAUAUAUAUGUUGAGUAUUCUUUCUUAAAUAUAUUUUACACCAAAAGAAAAA